AAAAAAGGGGAGAGCUUCGAAUUAUAUUUCUCGACUAAUUUACCUCACUUCGAAAUGUCGUCUUUAACAUUGAAACUUUCUUCCUUUCUCUCAUCUUCAUCAUCCCAAUCUUUCCCUUCGUCUUCUUCUUCCUCGCCUUCUUUUACGCCGUCAUAUGCUCAGCCUCCCCCUUUCCUCCGGUUUCCGAGAAAGCUCUCUAACUACAUAGGAAAAUUCACAGUCGUCAGAGCGGCUGAAAGUGACAAGAAUAGUUCGCCUAAUGCCGGCGAUUCAAAACCUCCCAACGGGACUUCGCCUAAGAGCAGGAGGGAGAUUCUGCUGGAGUACGUGCAGAAUGUGAAGCCUGAAUUCAUGGAGUUGUUUGUCAGAAGGGCGCCUCAGCAGGUAGUCGAUGCUAUGCGCCAAACAGUGACAAAUAUGAUUGGAACUCUGCCUCCACAAUUUUUCGCACUUACAGUUACCACUGUUGCUGAAAAUUUGGCCCAGCUAAUGUACAGUGUUUUGAUGACUGGGUACAUGUUUAGAAAUGCUCAGUAUCGGUUGGAAUUGCAACAGAGCUUGGAACAAGUUUCUCUUCCUGAAACCAAAGAGGUGAAGGUGAGAUUCUUUUCCUCACAAUUUCCGCAAUCGGUUAUUUUCUUGGAUGAUGAUAUUAAGGAAACUGGUAAUGUCAUUGCAAGGGUUUCUGUUUAUCCUCCAUGGAUCUAUGGAAAGGAUGUGCCAGAUUAUGCCCCAGGCACUCAGAAAAAAGUGUCAGGUGAAGUUAUUAGGUGGAACAACGUCUCGGGUCCCGAGGCAAUUGAUGCUGUGAAAUACAUUGAGCUACUCGAAGCAGAAAUUGAGGAACUAAAUCGCCAGGUUGUGAGAAAAUCUUCGAACGGACAGAAUGAACUGCUGGACUAUCUCAAAACUCUUGAGCCUCAAAAUCUCAAGGAGCUAACAAGUAGCGCCGGGGAGGAUGUUGUGGUGGCAAUGAACACAUUCAUAAAACGCCUAUUGGCGGUUUCCGAUCCUAGCCAGAUGAAGACUAGUGUGACAGAAACAAGUGCUGUGGAACUUGCAAAGCUACUUUAUUGGCUUAUGGUGGUUGGUUAUAGCAUCCGAAAUAUCGAAGUCCGUUUUGACAUGGAAAGGGUGCUUGGUGCUCCACCAAAACUUGCCGAGCUUCCCCCAGGAGAAAGCAUUUAGGUCGCCAUGCCUUGCUAGAUUUUCAAAUUUGGAAUUUGAAGUAGGAAUAUACUGUACUAUACCCAUUGUUGCGGCUGAGUAGCAAUUAAAUUCUAUUUUGUAAUUGAAUUGUUAAACUCAGAAAACAAACUGAAGCUGAUUAAUUUGUUUAGGUUACCUUCAACUGUUGGCCAUAUCCGCAUUUCUUGAAUUUGUUUUGCUCUUAUACAGAUUAGUUAUUAGUUACACUUGAAAAUGCUUCUCAUGUCUAAUUGCGACAUUUAUGAGCAUGCCUAUAAAAAGAUGGUGGCG